CAAUCCCAAUUCAAUAAAUUAUAACAAAAUGGACAUAAUAAUCCGUCAAGAAGAAAUCUCUUUGGCUCAAGUAGCCUUGUACGCUUCAAUAUCAUUUAUGUUGGUUUCUUUGAUGGGAGCUUUGGCUUAUAUAACAUGUUCUAAAAAAUACCGUCUAAAUUGGUUCGAAAAAACUCUACUCGAAUCGGCAAAUGACAACGAAGAGGCUAACGACAGCCGUGAAGCUCUUGUCGGUGGAGCAUCAGCAUAUAAUGUAGACUCUAUAAGUGAAUGUUCCCGAAAGGGAAAUAUUAGUCCAACAUCAAUAAAUGAUGACCCAACUUUUUGGGUGCCACCUUUAAAGAACAAUUCCACAACUUCCAAUCAAGUUGUAUCAUCAGCGGAUGAAUCUCCUCCACAAACACCAACUUCACCUACUGGAAGCAACAAGUCGAUUUCUCUUUCAAUCUGUUCGGCUACGGGUUCCGUGCCAAUAACCCGUUCGGACAAACAUGUCGUCCUUGGAAUGACGCCGGCCAGACCUAAAGUUUCCUCAAUGAAUUCCAAGUUGGAUCACACGAAAAUCGACAUGUCCUUAUAUAAAAGUAAUUCUCUUCAAAAAUCUUCCUCAACUCCUUCGAACGAAGAAAUUCGAGGAACGAUUCAUUUGAAUAUUUUAUAUGAUCCAAUUGCCGGCAUAUUGUCGGUUAGGCUGAUUGAGGCUCAGAAUCUUCAACCUCGAGACUUUAGUGGAACAGCUGAUCCUUAUGCCAAAGUUCGCCUUUUGCCGGACAAGAAAAACGUCUGGCAGACCAGGAUUCAUAAGAAAACAUUAAAUCCCGUUUUCGAUGAAGAUUUUGUUUUCGAAGAACACCCAGCGGUCAUUGAGAAGAGAACAAUUGAAAUUCUUCUCUAUGAUUUCGAUGCAUAUUCUCGUCACGUUUGCAUUGGAGGUGCUCAACUUCCUUUGGCCAGCAUGGAUUUAUCAGACAAAGUUCAACUUUGGACACAAUUGGGGUCAUGUGCUGAGCAGGACUCGAAAAUAGACUUAGGUGAUUUGAUGCUUUCCUUAGCCUACCUCCCAUCAGCCGAACGUCUAACUGUGGUUAUGAUAAAGGCUCGAAAUUUACGUGUAGUCGAUGAUACUCGCAACUCAUCAGAUCCUUUUGUCAAAGUGACCCUAAUCAGUGGUGGGAAGAAGAUUAAAAAACGCAAAACAGGUGUAGUUCGAAAUACCGUGAAUCCAGUCUUUAACGAGGCAUUGACUUUUGACGUUUCGAAGGAUCUAUUAAAAAAUUCAAUUCUAGAAUUCACUAUAGUUCAUGAUGGACUUCUGGGAUCAAGUGAAAUUCUGGGACGUGCCAUAAUUGGAAAUUCACCAGAAGUUCGUUUAGAAGAGAAAAUGUUUUUCGAUGAAAUGUUUCGUUCGAAAAGUGCAACUGCUCAAUGGGUACCUUUACAGGAAGUUAUUGGUAGACCAGCAGGACAAUCAACAAAUUCAUCAUCCCAAGGACAGGGAAAAGGAUAUUAAGAGACAUUCAUUAGCUAAAGCAAAUGCAAUGUGGACUUUAACAGGAAAAAUUCAAUUAUAGUGCAUAUAUAUUGAUGUGAAAACUUAGCUUAUCCUACUCGUAUAUAUGUAUUAAUGAUAAAGCUAAUUGGAUGAGCUGCAUUACACAAAUGGGUAUACUUAAAGAAGACCUGAAACACAUUAAUAAAUUAAAGCUGCUUCCAAUUUGUAGAUUAAAAAAGGGAAAUCAAUUGAAGUAUGGUAUUUGAUAAAUUUGAAAGAAAUUUUACAUAUAAAAUUGAUACCUCCAGGAUUUCAAUGGGUUUCAAUUUGAAAAAACAAAAAUGAUUUGGGAAUUUUUAAGUAUAAAGAAAGA